CGUCGAGUGUGCAUGAAAACUGGGCUGGAGUUGAUAUAAUGUACCAUUUGAACGGUAGAAGGCGCCAUCAAUUGCUGGUGUAUUUUGGCAAGCCGUAAGAUUCAUCCGCGAAUGUCGCGAGCGGUGCCUUCCGGGAGGCGCGAGGGUAUGUUCCCGGGCCGCUACUCUGAAAUAUUUGGUUUCGGCGAACGACUAGGAUGUAUUCUGAAUUUUGGACAUUCUUUUGACGCUAUCGAGGCGCAUCUUUAG